AUGACGGCGCUCUCUGCACUCAUAUCCUUGCUUUGGCACGUUGGACAAGCGGCGCUCACCGUCUCUCCAUUCAUCGUCAUCAUCGGGCUGACCAGAACGCCUAGGAAUGCCGUCUACAUCACGCCCGAGACUCUGGUGCUCAUAACCGUCUCUUAUGCGCUCAGAUACGGAGAUGACGCAUCCCGCCAUCUGUUUGCUUUGGGGCAGCUGGGUGCGGGCUUGUACCUCGUAGGCAUGGCUGUGGCAUCGGCCAUGGCAUUUCGCAUCCGCGCUCGCGUCAGCAUGCCCAAGACUCAGGCCAUCCCAGUUCGAACCUCUGCCGACAACGUCAGCACCGAGGAUGACGCGCCUCCUCCUGCCAACAAUCGCAUCUCCCAACAGCUCAACAAGAACAGCAUAGUCUGCAUUCUGUGCUAUCUCGGCGGCAUUCUGAUCCAUAACUCUACCGUCGCUCUCUUUGGCUGGCUUGGCAUACGCUUGUUCGGGACUCCGAAACCCUUAAGUGCCAUCUGGCUCGAACACUGGUCUGUCUCCGUAUCAGCGCUCCAGAUCGUCGCCUUGUGGCCACAGUAUGAGCUCAUGAUUCAGAUCAACAAGGCGAAAGCAAGCUUGCCGCAUCCAGAUCUCCCGCUGCCAGAGGGUCUCAGUCAGGACGAGCAAAGCAGAAGAUUCGAAGCGCCAAAAAUGCUCUGGGCUUUCCUGGUGGCAUUUCAGGGUGGAACGGCGAUCAUGUUCCCCAGCUUGUUGAUGCAGGGGAUCGAGGCCAAAGGGCGUGACGAUCCGCUGGUGGUCACGACCACGAUAGCAGCCUUCCAUAUGAUCGUACUUCUAGGGCUCGUCGCAAGGCUCAAGAUCCUGCCGCCGGGACGGCUCAUUACGUCCGAGGAAGCACAAGCGGCCGACCAAGAGGCUGGCAUCAGGCUCGGAUAA